CAGAGAAAGUGAAAGUGUGCAGUCAGUAAAGACUCCAUUUUAAGUCGACAGAACCGAGCAGAGAACUAAAAUGUGAAGUGGGACUGACUUCAGAUCAGAACAUGGAUGUGUGUUUAGAGGAAGUGGCUCCUGAACCCAGCUGUCUGUCUAUGAAGAGUGAUUUGUCGAAUGAUCGUGAGCUAAAUUUCAGAAGGAAUCCUUCACACAUAAAAUUUUUGUCGAGCAGACAGAGAGCAGAGGCUCCUGAACCCAGCAGUCUGUCUCUGAAGAGUGAUUUGUCGAAUGAUCGUGAGAUAAACUUCAGAAGGCAUCACAUGAAAUUUUUGUCGAGCAGACAGAGAGCAGAGGCUCCUGAACCCAGCAGUCUGUCUCUGAAGAGUGAUUUGUCGAAUGAUCGUGAGCUAAACUUCAGAAGGCAUCCUUCACACAUAAAAUUUUUGUCGAGCAGACAGAGAGCAGAGGCUCCUGAACCCAGCAGUCUGUCUCUGAAGAGUGAUUUGUCGAAUGAUCGUGAGAUAAACUUCAGAAGGCAUCACAUGAAAUUUUUCUCGAGCAGACAGAGAGCAGAGGCUCCUGAACCCAGCGGUCUGUCUCUGAAGAGUGAUUUGUCGAAUGAUCGUGAGCUAAACUUCAGAAGGCAUCUUUCACACAUGAAGGGGAGGAAGAAGAGUCAUGCUAUAGAGGAGCAGUCGUCCUGUCCUGGACUGCAGCCAGUCAGUCAGAGCAGCACUGAACAAAUAAAUAGAGGUCUGCAGGAGAUUUUAGAUGAACAUAAGGUCAGUCUAGGGAGGAGAUGUGAAUGUGUGACUGAAGGAAGUGAUGAAACAGGAAGUAGAACCCUCCUCAACAGGAUCUACACUGAGCUCUACAUCACAGAGGGGCAGAGUGAAGAGGUGAACACCCAACAUGAGGUGAGACAGAUUGAGACAAACUCUAAAAAGAAUACCCUCCAUGAGACUACAAUCAAGUGCCGCGACAUCUUUAAAGCCUUACCCGACCAACAGAAACAAAAGACAGAAGCUCAACCCGACCAACAGAAACCCAUCAGAGUGGUUCUGACAAAUGGCGUUGCUGGUGUUGGAAAAACCUUCGCAGUGCAAAAGUUCACUCUGGACUGGGCAGAGGGUUCAGAGAACCAAGACAUCAGUCUGGUGGUCCCGAUUUCAUUCAGGGAGCUGAACUUGAUCAGAGAUAAGGAGUACAGUCUUCUUGAGCUGCUCCGUGUUUUCCAUCCAACAUUACAGAAGGUCAGAGCAGAGACGCUCACUGUCUGUAAACUAUUGUUCAUCUUUGACGGUCUGGAUGAAAGCAGACCGUCAUUGGACUUCAAAAACAGUGAGGUUGUUACUGAUGUCACACAGAAGUCAUCGUUAAACACACUGUUCACAAACCUCAUCAAGGGGAAUCUGCUUCCCUCAGCUCUCAUCUGGAUAACUUCUCGACCUGCAGCAGCCAAUCAGAUCCCUCCUUCAUGUUUUGACAGGGUAACAGAAGUAAGAGGCUUCACUGAUGCCCAGAAGGAGGAGUACUUCAGGAGGAGGUUCAGUGAUGAUGAAGAUCUGUCCAGCAGAAUCAUCUCACACAUCAAGGCAUCCAGGACCCUCCACAUCAUGUGUCUGAUCCCGGUCUUCUGCUGGAUCACUGCGACAGUUCUGGAGCACAUGAUGAACACAGAGCAGAGAGGAGAGCUUCCCAAGACCCUGACUGACAUGUACUCACAUUUCCUGCUGGUUCAGACAAAGAGGAAGAAGUACAAAUAUGAUGAAGGACAUCAGAUGAGUCCACAUGAGCUGAUGGAGGCUGACAGGGAAGUUCUUCUGAAGCUGGGGAGGCUGGCGUUUGAACAUCUGGAGGACGGAAACAUCAUGUUCUACCAAGAAGACUUGGAGCGGUGUGGCCUGGAUGUCACAGAGGCCUCGGUGUACUCAGGAGUUUGUACAGAAAUCUUUAAAACAGAGUGUGUGAUCUUCCAGAAAACUGUCUACUGCUUUAUUCAUCUGAGCGUUCAGGAGUUCCUGGCUGCGGUCUACAUCUUCCACUGUUUCACCAACAGGAACACAACAGUUCUGAAGGCUUUCCUGGAGCAAGAAAACUACCAUGACCAGGGCUGCGUAGACGACACUUGUUUAAAAGUCUUUUUGAGUAGAGCCAUGGAGAAAUCCCUGAAAAAUAAUAAUGGUCACAUGGACCUGUUUGUUCGCUUCCUUCAUGGACUAUCUCUGAAGUCAAACCAGAGACUCUUAGGAGGCCUGUUGGGUCGAACAGACAACAGUCCAGAAAUGAUCCAGAGAGUCAUUAUCAGCCUGAAGGAGAUGAACAAUGAAGAUAUCUCUCCUGACAGAAGCAUCAACAUCUUCCACUGUCUGACAGAGAUGAACGACCUCUCAGUCCAUCAGGAGAUCCAAGAGUUGCUGAAGUCAGAGAACAGAUCAGAGAAGGAACUCUCUGAGAUUCACUGCUCUGCUCUGGCCUACAUGCUGCAGAUGUCCGAGGAGGUUCUGGAUGAGUUGGACCUGAAUAAGUACAACACAUCAUACCAGGGACGACAGAGACUGAUUCCAGCUGUGAGGAACUGCAGGAAGGCUAAACUUUCUGGCUGUAGACUCUCAGAGACUCACUGUGACGUCGUGGUCUCAGCUCUGAAGUCCAACCCCUCCCAUCUCAGAGAGCUGGAUCUGAGCUGGAACGAGAAGCUGCAGGAUUCAGGAGUGAAGUUGUCUGCUGGACUGCAGAGUCCAAACUGUAGACUGGCGUCUCUGAGAUUGAGGGGCUGCAGUUUGUCAGAGAUCAGCUGUUCUUCUCUGGCCUUAGCUCUGAAGUCCAACCCAUCCCAUCUCAGAGAGCUGGACCUGAGUAAGAACAAGAAGCUGCAGGAUUCAGGAGUGGAGCUGCUGUGUGAUUAUCUGCGAAGUCCAAACUGCAGACUGGAGUCUCCGAGAUUGAGGGGCUGCAGUUUGUCAGAGAUCAGCUGUUCUCCUCUGGCCUCAGCUCUGAAGUCCAACCCCUCCCAUCUCAGGGAGCUGGACCUGAGUGAGAACAACCUGCAGGAUUCAGGAGUGAAGCUGCUGUGUGAUUAUCUGCAGAGUCCAAACUGCAGACUGGAGACUCUGAGAUUGAGUGGCUGCAGUUUGUCAGAGAUGUGCUGUUCUUCUCUGGCCUCAGCUCUGAAGUCCAAGCCCUCCCAUGUCAGAGAGUUAGACCUGGGCUACAACGAGCUGCGAGAUUCAGGAGUGGAGCUGCUGUGUGAUUAUCUGCAGAGUCCAAACUGCAGACUGGAGUCUCUGAGAUUGAGGGGCUGCAGUUUGUCAGAGAUCAGCUGUUCUUCUCUGGCCUCAGCUCUGAAGUCCAACCCCUCCCAUCUCAGAGAGCUGGACCUGAGAGGGAACGACCUGCAGGAUUCAGGAGUGGAGCUGCAGGAUUCAGAUGAGACGCUGCAGGAUUCAGAUGUGAAGCUGCUGCAUGAUCUUAAGAAGAAUCCAAACUAUCGACUGGAGACUCUGAGAUGGUGGUGAUCUCUGUCAGAAUGUGAGCGAUCAGGACGCUGGUGGUGCAGAGAGGAGCAGCUGUGUCCUGAUGAUCCACAGACCAAGCUGAGGAGAGCCUCAUCCCUCAAGGACUGACAGAGGAAUCACAUCAAAGUUCAUUUCAGUUAUAUUUCUAAUGAAUUUGUUCCACACACAUUUCAGGAGUGGAAGGUAGAACAUUUAACAGCUGGUAGAAAUGUUAAGAGUCAAAAGCUUCAAAAUGCUGCAGUUAUUUUUCUCAUGUGACAAUCACAUCAUAUUUAACAUUUCGUAAAAUCAUAUUCUCUAUCUAAACUUUUUAAAACCUGCCCUGCAAUCCUUUUUUUGUGAUCAAUUUUUUAUUAUUGAUGUUCCUGUUCAGGUAGCAUAUACAUAUAUAUAUCAUGUCUGAGGGAUAAACAUUAUGAAUUUAUCAAACAUGUCGUUAAUAGGCAAAACAUAAUCAGAUCUCUAAUUAUAAACGAAAGUUCAGGAAAAUAUGUUACAAUUCGACUAACUUAGUUGGCAAGUCUCACUCUCCUCACUAAAUAAUUUUACACAUUGCAUACAUGAUGUUAUUGCAUUUAUAUAUGUAUUUGUAUAUGUAUGUAUGUAUACGCACAUGCACAUUAUUGUUUAAUUGAUAUAUUGUUUCAGCAUCGUCAUCGCGAUGUGCGCAUCUCAAUAGUCACACAUGGACAUGCCAUGUGAAGAGAAAAAAAUCUGUCUGGAGCCAAAACAUAUAUUUGAACAUUUCAAUGAAGUUUAUGUAGCCUGUCUAAUCCCAUUCACAUUAAUAAUAAUCAUAUAAUAAAUGUUAUUUAUAAGCGCCUUUCUGGACACAUAAGGAAACUGUACAACAAUCAACAUUUAAAAAGUGACGAUGAAUAAAAUCAGCAUACAAUGAAAGAAAUGAAAUGUAGGACAGUGUGAUUACAGUUAUAAUGUUAAAGUAAGUAGACGAUCUUGAACAGGUUUUCAGUCUGGAUUUGAAAAUGGGAAGAGAGUCAAUGUUACGUAUUUCAGGUGGCAGAGAGUUCCAAAGAUGGGUAGCAGAGCUGGGAUGUUUCAAAAAAUUUUUUGCUUUAAUCCCUGUAUACAUUAUAACAUCAAAUAAACAGUAUAUGGUAAAUGGA